AAAAACGAUUGGGUAAUGUUUAAAAUUGGUCUUUGGAGUUGUAAUCAAUGACAUUCAUUUAGUUAUCUGAUGUUUCAAGUUUAUUUUGGUGAUGUUUGAUCACAUGACGAUUCCAGUAUAGGGUUUCUUAUCAUGUUGUCGCCUCUGUAAAGGACUGUCUUCUGUGCAAUAAAAGCUCAGAGCGAUAUACUAUCAGACCAAAGGUAAAACACUGAAGAUUACAGCCACACUGAUCUGAGAACAUGUGCUGUCAGCAGAAAUAAGCGCUGGCCAUUGUGUUUUCUGAUCGACUUCUUCAUUCCGGCAGCGCAGAUCUGAGGAGAACGAUGAAGAGGAAACUCCUGCUGGUGUCAAACUCCACUCUUCACGGAGGAGGAUAUCUACAGCACUGCCAGCAGAACAUUCAAGACUUCUUUGGAAAGGAGGUAAAGAGGGUCUUGUUUGUCCCGUAUGCUCUGCAUGAUCGAGAUGCUUAUACCAAGACUGCCAGAGACAAGUUCAAGAGCCUGGGAUAUGAGCUGGACAGUGUCCACGAGUCACCCGACCCUGUUGAUGCUGUCAGAAAAGCUGAAGGAAUAUUCAUUGGUGGCGGUAACACAUUUCGCCUGCUGAAAGCACUUUACGACAACAACCUGGUGACUGAGAUAAAAAAGCGAGUUUUUCAGGAUGGAAUUCCUUACAUGGGAUCGAGUGCGGGAAGCAACGUCUCCACCGUCAGCAUCAACACCACCAAUGACAUGCCCAUCGUUUUUCCACCCUCGUUUAAUGCCAUUGGUUUAGUGCCCUUCAACAUUAACCCGCACUAUCUGGACACCGACCCCAACAGCAGACACAUGGGGGAGACCCGUGAACAGAGAAUCAUCCAGUACCAUGAGGAGCCAGACACGCCAUCUGUUCUGGGUCUUCGGGAGGGCUCAAUGUUGUUAGUGGAAGGAAACAAAGCCACUUUACUUGGCUGCACCAAAGCACGACUCUUCCAGAGAGGGAAACAAACCACAGAGUAUGAACCGGGCAGUGACCUCAGCUUCCUACUGACAGAUGCACAGUGAGCAGCUAAUCAUGUACAAUGCAGCCAUUUCUACAAUAAAAAGUCAAAUCUUCACUAAAUUUGACAUUUCUCGAUUA